CGUCUAAAGAAACGUUCGGACUUCAGCCAUGGCCGGGGCUGGAUUUGAGUCGCUGGAGCGGUGCUUGGAGAAGCAUCUACCACCCGCAGACCUGCAGGAGGUCAAACGCAUUCUCUAUGGCAAAGAGACCAGGAAGCUCGACCUGCCCAGCAGAGCUUUUGAAGCUGCCUCCAAAGGGGACUUUGAGCUGCAGGGCUAUGCCUUUCAGGCUGUGACGGAGCAGCAGAGGAGGCCCCGGAUCGUGCGCAUGGGGCUUGUUCAGAACAGAACCCCCCUCCCCGCGGACACCCCUGUGGUGAAACAGGUCACUGCCCUGCACAGACGCAUCGAGGCCAUCGUAGAGGUGGCUGCCAUGUGUGGAGUCAACAUCAUCUGUUUCCAGGAAGCAUGGACUAUGCCCUUUGCUUUCUGUACGAGAGAGAAGCUUCCAUGGACGGAAUUUGCCGAGUCAGCAGAGGACGGGCCCACCACCAAGUUCUGUCAAGAGCUGGCGAGGAAGCAUGACAUGGUGGUGGUGUCCCCCAUCCUGGAGCGAGACACGGAGCAUGGGGACAUCUUGUGGAACACAGCCGUGGUGAUCUCCAACUCUGGAGCCGUCCUGGGCAAGACGAGGAAAAAUCACAUCCCCAGAGUGGGCGACUUCAAUGAGUCCACAUACUACAUGGAGGGAAACCUGGGCCACCCCGUGUUCCAGACUCAGUUCGGGAGGAUCGCCGUGAACAUUUGCUACGGGCGGCACCACCCCCUCAACUGGCUCAUGUAUAGCAUCAACGGUGCUGAGGUCAUCUUCAACCCCUCGGCCACCAUCGGAGUGCUCAGUGAGUCCCUGUGGCCAAUCGAGGCCAGAAACGCAGCCAUCGCCAAUCACUGCUUCACCUGCGCCAUCAACCGGGUAGGCGAGGAGUUCUUUCCGAACGAGUUCACCUCUGGGGAUGGCAAGAAAGCUCACCGGGACUUCGGCUACUUUUAUGGCUCAAGCUACGUGGCGGCCCCUGAUGGCAGCCGGACCCCCGGGCUCUCCCGCAACCGGGAUGGGCUGCUGGUCACCGAGCUCGACCUCAACCUCUGCCGGCAGGUGAAUGACAUCUGGGGCUUCAAGAUGACAGGCAGGUACGAGAUGUACGCACGGGAGCUUGCGGAAGCUGUCCAACCCAACUACAGCCCCAAGAUUGUGAAAGAGUAACAGGCUUCAGCCGCUGCCCGCCAAGGAGGGCACCUCUGCCCACAGCAGAUCAGCCAGGGCUCUGGGCUCUAGUGUCCAAAUUCUCCCUGCUUGAUGCCCUGACAGCACUGCUGCCCAGAUUGGUUUUAAAGUGCCUGGGUGGGGAGGGUCGAAUGAGUACCAGGUUUCCUUCUGUGGUGAUGGAAAUGUUUGGGGACUGGAUAGAGGUGAUGGCUAUACAACAUUGUGAAUGUACCAAAUCCACGGAAUUGUUCACUUUGAAAUGAUUAAACUUUGUUAAGUGAAUUUUAGAAAUUCAAUGAAAGACAAUCCCAGGGACUUCCCUGGUUGUCCUGUGGCUAAGACUCCCAAUGCAGGGGGCCCGGGUUCAAUCCCUGGUCAGGGAACUAGAUCCCACAUGCAUGCUGCAACUAAGAGGCCCGCACGCUACAACUAAAAAAAUCUCGUGUGCCACAACGAAGACCCGGCACAGCCAAAAUAAAUAAAUAAAUAAAUAUUUAAAAAAUAAAUAAAGACAUUCCCAGGCACCCAUUGUGCAGGUUGGUUUGAAGUUACACAGGUGGGAGGCCCCAGUCCUGAGUUUCUCCGCUUCUCCGUUUAGACUGGCAGCAAUUCGAGGGUCAGCGUGGGAGUGUAUGCACUAGAGGGAGGUGAGGCUGACCAGAGUCACUGAGGCGCCUGGUGGCUGCGGGCAGGGGGAAAGUCAUUGGAAGAGUCAUCUUGGCUAUAGUCUCCAUUUAUUCAAUCAGACGCUAAUCUGGGUGUUGCUGUGAAGGUAUUUAGUCAAUGUGAUUAAAGCCCAUAGCCAGUUAACCAAGCAAGUGAGAUUAUCCUAGAUAAUCUGGGUAGGCCUGAUUUAAUCCGUCAAAAGGCCCUGAGAGCAGGGCUGAGGUUCCCGGAUGAGGAAGGGAUUCAGGGAUUCGGAUGUGUACAGCAGCCUCAGCCCAGGCCCAAGCAUUCCAGUCUGCCCUUCCUGACAGCCUGCUCUCCACAUUUCAGGCUUGUCCAUCCAGACCCCACAGUCACUGAAAUCAAUUCCUUGCAAUGAAUUCCUUAAUAUGUGUCGUACCGUUUCUGCUUCUUUUUUUUCUUUUUUUUUUUGGCCAUGCCUCACAGCUUGCGGGAUCUUAGUUCCCUGACCAGGGACUGAACCCGCGCCCUCGGCAGUGAGAGCUCAGAGUCCUAACCACUGGACCACCAGGGAAUUCCCCUGUUUCUCUUUCCUUGGUGGACCCCGACUGAUAUAGGUUCUGGUAUUGGAACUGUUUCUAGAGGAACAGAAUCUCAAGGAUGAGUCUUCUGUGUUGGUUCUAGGAUUCCUGGAAUUCUUCUCUAAUUCGAUUGGAUUUAAAGGCACUGAUGAGCUGUGAGCUGGACCUGGGCAAUUGGAGGCUCUUACCCUCUUCCGUGUCCUUGGAAUGUCCAUUCUGCCCACAGUUCCUACAUUAGGAGCGACAUCGGUGAUGCAGCCUUGAGAGAGUGGUGUGUUAUUGAGCCCAUCUGGACUGUAUUUAGUGACUGAACCCCAUUAAGGCGUCUGUGUAAACUCUUAAGAUUCUGACAGGCAGGUGGCAGAGAUCUACUCAUCUUGCAGCCGCCCAAGACAAGCUUCCUAUGUAAAUCCUUUUAUUAAAACUGCCACCUGCCAAUCUGGAGUGGCUGCUUCUUUCUUUGGUCUCUUGCCCUCCGAGAGCAGGGGCCAGUUUUAAAUUUCACCCGGGGAACUCCUGAGGUUGUGAACCAACAUAAUUGUACGCCAACAAAUUGGAUAUCCUAGAUGAAAUGGACAAAUACCUAGAAAUACAAAACCUAUCAAGUCUGAGUCACAGGAGCUUCCCUGGUGGCACAGUUGUUAAGAAUCCGCCUGCCAAUGCAGGGGAAAUGGGUUCAAGCCCUGAUUAGGGAAGAUCCCACAUGCCACGGAGCAACUAAGCUCGUGUGCCACAACUACUGAGACUGCGUGCCACAACUACUGAAGCCCACACGACUAGAGCCCGUGCUCCGCAACAAGAGAAUCCGCUGCAAUGAGAAGCCCGCGCACCCCCACUCACCGCAACUAGAGAAAGCCCACGCACAGCAACGAAGACCCAAUGCAGCCAAAAAUAAAUAAAUAAAAUAAAUCAAUUUAUUAAAAAAAGACUGAUGGGCCUCCCUGGUGGCGCAGUGGUUGAGAGUCCGCCUGCCGAUGCAAGGGACACGGGUUCGUGCCCCGGUCCGGGAAGAUCCCACAUGCCGCGGAGCGGCUGGGCUCGUGAGCCAUGGCCGCUGAGCCUGCGCGUCCGGAGCCUGUGCUCCGUGACGGGAGAGGCCGCGGCAGUGAGAGGCCCGCAUACCGCAAAAAAAAAAAAAAAAAAAAAAGACUGAGUUACAAAGAAAUAGAAAAUCUGAAUAGACCUAUAACUAUUAAGGAGACUGAAGGAGUAAUCAAAACCCUCCCAACAAAAAGAAAAGCCUGGGACCUGAAGGCUUCAGUGAUGAGUUCUACCAAACAUUCAAAGAAGAACACCAAUUCUUCUCACAUUUUUCCAAAAAACUGAAGAGGAGGGAGCACUUCUUAACUCAUUCUGUAAGGCCAACAUUACCCUGACACCCAAGCCAGACAAAGAUGCUACAAGAAAACAAAACUACAGACCAAUAUCCCUUUGAAUAUUGAUGCAAAUACCCUCAACAAAAUACUAGCAAACUGAAAUCAGCAGCAUGUUAAAAGGAUUAUACACCUUGACCAAGUGGGAUUCAUUCCCAGAAUGCGAGGAUGGUCCAAAAUACAAAAAUCAAUGUAGCAUGCCACAUUAAAAUCUCAGAUGAUCAACUUAAUUGAUGUAGGAAAAGCAUUUCACAAAAUUGAAAACCCUUUCAUGGUUAAAAAAAACACUCAACGUAACUCGGAACAAAACACUCAACACGGAAUAGAAGUAAACUAUGUAGCAGAGACCAUAUAUGAAAAACCCACAGUUAACAUCAUGCACAGUUGAUGGUGAAAGACUCAAUGCCCACUUUUUGCACUUCUAUUCAACAUAGUGUUGGAAGUUAUAGCCAGAGCAACUCAAUAAAUAAGCAUAUCCCAAUUUGAAAGAAGUAAAAUCAUGUUUGUAGAUGACAUCCUGUAUGUAGAAAACCCUAAAGAUUUCAUACCAAAAGAGUAUUAGGAAAAAAAGUAUUAGAACUAAUAAAUGAAUUUAGCAAAGCAACAAGACACAAAAGCAACACACAAAAAUCCAUUGUAUUUCUAUACACUAAACAAUUUGAAAAGGAAAUUAAGAAAACAGUUCCACUUAGAAUAGCAUCAAAAAGAAAUACUUAGGAAUUAACCAAGGAGGUGAAAGACUUCUACAAUGAAAACUACAGGGAAUUCCCUGGUGGUCCAGUGGUUAGGACUCGGCGCUUUCACUGCCGAAGGCGCAGGUUCAAUCCCUGGUUGGGUAACUGAGAUCCCACAAGCCAUGCAAUGCGGCCAAAAAAAAAAAUUAGUAGUAUUUACCUAAUAGAUUUGUUAUGAGGAUGUAAAGCAUUCAGAAUAGUCUGGCACUUUGUAAGAGCUCAAUAAAUGCUAGUUAUUAUUUAAAAAAACAAAAAAACCAACAACACCCAUUAAAUGAUUGUGUUGGGAAGUCCUUCCUGGUCACACGCCUCAGUCCACGACGAGUCAUGGGCCCUGGAAUGCAGAUGUCUGCAGGGUGCAGGCUGAGGGCUCCGCUUCUGCUCUUGUUUCUCCUGUCCCCAGCUCCAGGUGCACAGCAGGCCCCUGGGGAAAUUCUGUAGAGCAAAGGAAGGCACGCUGGUUCAGCUGGGACCCUGGGCAGAGGAUCUCAUGGCUGGGGACUGUGGUAUUCAAAAGAGAAAUCGGCUUUUUUCUUCGGAUUGUAGUGAGCAAAUAUUUUAUAGAAAAUUUAGAAGAUAAGGAAAAAUACAGAGAAAGGAGAAAAAACUCAUCUCUAGUCCUCCAACCCAGAGACAGAUCAUAGCUAACAUUUUGGCAUAUUUCUUUCCAGUCCUAUUUUAUGGACUAUGCCUAUUUUAACAUAAUUGGGAUCAUAAUGUCCAUAUAAUUUUGUGGUGUUCCCUUCUGUUUCUCAAUGUAAUGUGAACAUUUUCCUUCACCAUAAAAAAAAAUUGUUUUUAAACACUUUACCAGCUGCAUAGUGUUCGACAUGUAGAUGGCCCCCUAUUUAAUUAUUCCCCUACAUUAGACAUUAAGGUAUGUAUGUAUGUAUUUAUUCAUUGCUGUUACAAAUGAUGCUGGUAUGAAUACGUUCAUGGCUAAAUUAGUCUUAUUUCUAUUGUUUUCUUUAGGAUAGGUCCCAAGAAAUGGAAUUCACUGUGUUGAAAAGCAUGAACGUCUUGUCGAGAGCUGGGAAGAAUCUGACAUCUUACCCUACGUGCAAGCUGAUGAGUUAGCUGACCUCAGUUUCAUGGAUGCUCCGCAAAGAUACAACACUCCUGGAUCAGAGACAAAGGACUUCGUUACAACAAUAGCAGCAGCCAGAGGACCAGCAUUUUCUUGCAGGAGUUCCCUGAGCCCCAAUUCCCACAAGACAACACAAAGAGGGCCAAGUGACUCCUACACACACAGUGAGUUGCAUGAAGGAGAGAAAGGGAAAAAGAGAGAUGAGAGCUUAGAGAAUUUGACUCUUUUAUACUGGACGGUAAAGUAUGUCUGCUCCUUGUUCUAAAGACAGACGCUUGCCCCUCUCUACCAAGGUCGCAAGAACACCUGUGCUUUGCUCUGGAGGGAGAACUAUAUCUUACAAGGCUGUUGGCUCGGCAGACAUCCUUGAAAAAUAGUCUGGGACAAAGGCAUUCAUGGCUUUAGCUCGCAAGUCAUGCAAAAGUUCGAGAAAUGUGAGAGACCCACAACGAUAACUUCCAAAAAUGUCCACCCCUCAUUUCUACACCAUCUUGACUUCUGGCAACAUCCCCAUGAGUGUACCACGCCAACAGUUGCUCUCAUUAAUCUGAUCAACAGAAGCUGGACUAAAUCAAUUCAGUUUGUCUCUCGGCAUUUAAUUAAUUUCACCCACAGCACUUCAAGGAGCAGAAUGAGUCCCACCUGCAGUAUUAACC